GGCAACAGCAAACUGGGGUCAGCCCUGAUGGUGUGUGAGGGGCCAUGGGGGUGUCAGGAGAGUAUGAAAGGACUUGAAGUUGGCCUGGGGGCAGCAAGGGGCUUGGGGUGUGAGCCACAAAAGGAUUUCGGGCAGGGUGUGAGGUCUGAGUGGGGGAUGGCUGGCUACGGGCAUAGGGGGGCUGUUUGUGUCCCCCCUCCUGUGCAGUGGAGCCAUUGUGGUGGCUGGAGCUGGGGCUGUGACAUCACAGCAGUAUUGGGGUUUGGGGCAGGUACAUCCUUCAUUCUGGUAUCAGGGGUACUGGAGUUUAGAGGCCAUGUCUUGUGCUGGAUUCUGACUUCAGUCCCCAGCAGGACAGGGGAAUAGGACAACCCGCUUGGCACAGAGGAGGGAGAGCCACCCACAGCUCCCCUCUCCCUCAGGCUAUCAUGGGACAAUGUGACACAGAGAGGAGUGCUGCAGGCACACAGUCCCCCAGACGGGGACAGCAUUUGAGCAGGGUACACUCCAGCCAUUGCACAGUCCAGCAGGCUGGGGACAAGGGCACAGUGGGGCAUCCUGGGACUGUGCAGUACAGCAGGGGCACUGGCACGAGGCUCAGCAGGUCAGAGACUGCCCUUUCAAGGGCCCGAAGCUUGGGCAGGCAGAGGCAGGCAGGUCAGUGCUUUCUACCUCUCCAUGCCUGUCCUGUGGGACUGGGGAUGUGGGGACAGUGGGCUCAGACAGGGUUGUCCUCACAGGGCACUCAGCAGCCACCACCACCAGCUACCAGGUUGGCUGCCAGCACUCACUUAACCCUGAGCAGCUCAAGAAGGCCAGGCUGCAUGUAGAGAUGGCCACUAAGGAGAAGAAGAUCUUCGUGGUACAGGGCACCUAUCCCAUCAUCCGCCGUGAGCUGCGAGCCCGAGGUUGGGUGGAGAAGAAGCUCCCCGGCAUGGGCAGACAGCAUUUUGGUGACCAAAACAAACAGCGGCUGGAGACACGGCCAAGUAAUGGUGGUGGUGGGCAGAGGGAGGCACUGCUGAACCCACCUGGUGGGGCACAGCCUUUUCUGGGGCCCACAGACCCCCUGCACUACCCCUGGCCACCUGCUGAGAAGGAGGAAGAGCAGUGUGAUGAGGACCCCAAUGGCAUCCAUGACUUCAUGUCCUACCUGGUGCGGGACCGCUCGCCAAACUUCAUCUGGACCAACUUCCUUGACACCAUCGAUCGCAAGCUGCUGCAGCAGGACAACAUAGUGAACCACUAUGCCCGGGUGGAUGCGUUCACCACUAAGGAGGGGCUGUGCCUCAGCCUACAAAAGCUGCCGUGGAUUGAGCAAGCUGACCCCAACACCUUCUUCCCUCGGUGCUACCGGCUGGGGACCAUGGAUGAGCGAGAAGCUUUCAUUGAGGAUUUCCGCCUGACAGCAGCACGCAGCCUCCUCAAACUGGCCCUGGAGGAGGCUGGGGAGAGGCCAGUGAGGACUCAGCAGGUCCCAAACUCGGCCAAGGGGGCGGCACGGCCAGGCUCCCCCCUGUACCCUGAGCUGGUGGAGGAAGCCCUGGAGGUCUGUGAGCAGCACCUGAGUGUUCUACGGCACCAGGACAUCGACAGGAACACCCCGUCCCCAUGCAGGACAUGCAUCGACUGGGACCGCUUCCUGCAGCAAUACUACCGUGUGGCACAUGAGGGGGCAGGGCUGGUGCUAACCAAGCAGCAGCAGAAGCACUGCCAGAACCUGCUGCGACACCUGGCAGAGAAGCUGCCCCAGCUUGACAUGGAGGGCAAGCUCAACAUCUGGAUCCUCAAGCCUGGUGCUGAAUCCCAAGGCAGGGGUAUCAUCUGCACGACACGGCUGGAGGAGGUGCUGCAGCUGGCAUGGAGCUGCACAGCACCCUCGGUGCAGGUGGGCAGAUGGGUGGUGCAGAAGUACGUGGAGCGGCUGCUGACCAUUUUUGGCACCAAAUUCGACAUCCGGCAAUGGUUUGUUGUGACUGACUGGAAGCCACUGACGGUCUGGUUCUACCAAGACUGCUACCUGCGCUUCUGUUCCAGGCCCUUUUCCUUGUGUCACCUGGAGCGUGCCAGGCACCUCUGCAACGUCUCCAUCCAGAAGUGGUACAAGACAUCACCAGACCAGGACCCCCGUGUGCCUCCUGACAAGAUCUGGUCAAACAAGCAGUUCCAGGAAUACCUAGCACAGCUGGGGCAGGCAGAUGCUUGGCACCACGUGCUGGUGCCCGGCAUGAAGGCGGCGAUCCUGAGCGCUCUGCGCAGUGCCCAGGACCAGGUGCGCUUCCGCAAGGGCAGCUUCGAGCUCUAUGGGGCCGACUUCCUUGUCGGGGAGGACUUCCAGCCCUGGCUGCUGGAGAUCAACUCCUGCCCCACCAUGAGCCCCUCCUCGGCAGUGACCCGACGGCUCUGUGCCAACGUCCAGCGGGACACGCUGCGCCUCGUGCUCGACCGCAAGCACAACCCCACCUGUUCCAUUGGAGCGUUUGAGCUCAUCUACAAGGAGGCAGCUGUGCCCAAGUCUCUGUCAGCACAUGUGAAGCUGAUGGUCAAAGGCUGUUCCCUGAAGAAUCCCCAGCCAGCAGAGCAGCAAGAACAAGACAAGCCCCCCACCGCUGUGGCCAAUGCCCUUCACCAUCCUGCGUUCCCAGGGGCCAGAGCCCAUGCACAGCAUCAAUUCCUCACCAUUGUGCCCAGUGUCACCAAGCUCCCUGUGUUCCUAGGGGGCAGAAGCACCCAGGUGCCCCAGAGAGCAUGGCCUCGAUUUCCUACAAAGGUGCCCAGUGUCACCAAGCUCCCUGUGUCCCUGGGGGGCAGAAGCACCCAGGUGCCCCAGAGAGCAUGGCCUCGAUUUCCUACAAAGGUGCCCAGUGCCUCCAAGCCAUCUGUGUCCCCAGGGGGCAGAAUCACCCAGGCGACCCAGCCCAGAACAGCAACAGGGAAGCUGCCUCCUCUUGAGCAACUGCUCCAGAGCUACUGCCCUUCCCCCAGCUUUGAUGCCCCAGCACCACCAAAGCCUUGGGGCUCCUCUGCUGGGAGCCAGGGGCUGCCACGACUUGGUCACCUGCCUGGGCAGCCCCAGCCUGCACAGCCCCAGAUUAAUAGUUGUCCCCUGGAUUGGGCACCUGUGCCACCACCCCGGGGAACCCCCAGCAACCCCUGGCUAUCCCAGGGUUAUGCAUGCUUCUUCUCUCCUGCCAAGCCUCUGCAACAACCUCUGUCUGCACACAGCACCAGAAUCCUGUGCCUGAAGCAGAGGCACACAGCAGCUCCCAAUGGGAUGUAGAAGACUUGGGACACUGAGACACCCCCAGGAGUGGACAGCACUCUCCCUGUCCUUGCUGGGUCAACACUGCAGUCCCUGCCUACCUCUCAUCCCAAAGAGCUCCCACUGCUGUGUCGCGGUACCCAGCUCCUCCCUCAUGCACACUUUAAAAUAAUUCCGUGAUAA